AUGAAGGACGACGACACAACAACAAACGACAACCUUGAUACCCGUCUUUAUUCAACAUCACAAAGUGUGCAAAGUUUCCUGGACAAGCUCAAUCGCGGCUCACCCAUCAAUCUCGAAUUCCUCACCAAGCCCAUUGCGAAUGCGACAGUGUGUCGUGUUCAAGCGAUUGAAUCCUUCUAUGCCAAAUCACGCGUGAUACGGUUUCUUGUACGUAAAGGGGUACCGCCUAUGCUGCUGUUCCUUGGUCUAAGUGCAGGUGGAGUUGCUGCUAUUCGGCGGUUUUACAAGGAACAAACGUAUCUUGCCCUGAACCUCCUCGGUGUGGUGUACCCUGCUUGGCGGUGCUGGCAACUUGUCAAGGAGAUCCAACCCGAACAUGAUAGACAAGAUGAAUACAAGGCAUGGCUUACUUAUUGGAUGUUGUAUGGAUCCAUGCAAGUUUUGGAUGCAUGGGCUAAACCACUCACACAAAAAUGGCCCAACUACAACUUGUACAAAUUGAUCAUUCUAUACUGGGCCCAGAAUCCAUAUUCGAAAGGUGCAGCGGUGCUAUGCCAACACGUAUUGCAAAAACCCAUUUAUGACGAUGAUGAGAAAGAAGAAUCGGAUAAACGACAACAACAUGAUUACUACGACUACAACAACGACUAUCAAUCCUCAUCUCCUCCUGUUUAUACAAUCCCUGGUGGUGCUACUGUGGAUGAUUGUGCAUCCUCAUCCUCAUCCUCUGCAACUUCCUCCUCGUCUUUUGAUCAUCCUCCUUCUCCAGAAGAAAUGACCCUCACCAUCGAAACUCCUCAUCAUCAUCAUCAAAGCAUUCUCGAUGGCUAUACACCCACCCUUCAGGAGAGUGACCGUGCAUCAUCACACAAGGGUUUCUCCAUAGACGAUGAUGAAGCAGCAACCCCAUCUUGGUGA